CGGUCAUGGAGUCAUAAAACUGUUAUUAAGUUGAGCAAUGUGCUGCAACACAGGGGAAAUAAAACGUCCUAUCUUUCCAAUUCUCCAGAUACUCCUGAUACCAUCUGUCUAUCUUUUCACUGUAAAGUUCAUAGCUUUGGCAGCUAUUAAACUUGAAAUUGCGAAUCAUCUGUACAUGCAUAACUAUAAAUGAGGGUAUCAGAUGAGGCGACCUGAACUUGGUGAACUGAAAUGCAUUCACUUCUGAUGUUUCCAUCCGGUUACUCUGCUGGCGGGCCAAUCCAGGUCAGACAUGUACGAGCUGUCACACUCCCAUCACAUUAUGUUUAGACACUGUAUUCUGCAAGAACACGCAACAUGUUUAGGCACAAAAUAUGCCAGUAUGGGUCACAGCUGAUUUAAAUGAUGUAUCUAAUUAAUAUACAGUAUUCUGUUUACACAAGGUAAAUUCAAGAGCAAAGAUAAAUGUGUUUAACAUAAUAUUAAGUACUGUGCCAUGUCCCUGUCGAGUUGUACAAUUUGCUGUUUUACAACUAAAGGCAGACCGAUGUACGCAGGUGGAUUAAAGUCCAGCUGUUAUCUGUCAGUGUGAGAGAGAGCAGAGCAGGGGAAGUCACGGUCUCUUAAGUGGUUAGAAGGUGUGCAGACCUUAUCCGCAGGUCCAACAUGGGAUUACACAGACAAUUAUUAGACCUGGUUCUAAUAUUGACCUUUCACUGGGUGAUUGGCACACAGAGGAAUGCUUGCCAGGCCCCAGAGAUGAAGUGUGACUUUUUCUGUGACUGCACAGACUGCAGCGAUGAGAAGAACUGUGGCUAUGAAGGGAAGGAGAUGGUGUGUGACUUUGAGAACCCAGACAUGUGUGGCUGGCAGGAUCAGUCCUUGGAAAAGGGCUACAUGUGGGAAAGGCGUCAGAGAGGGGACAGACUGCCUGACAGCGGACCCUCCUCUGACUUCACCACUGGGACAGGCACAGGAUGGUUUAUGGGAGUGACCAAAAUAUUAAACACAGAGCCAGUCAGGACUGCUGUGAUGGUUUCUCCAAUGAUGAAACAGUCUUCUCCAUCAUGUCGAAUGCUCCUCCGAUACUUCAUGUGGGACUCAGGCCACACAGGGUUCGGGUCAGCCCCUCUCUGGGCCUCUGUGGUUAGGGCGGACAACCGGGAGGCCGUGGUGUGGCGUCCUGAGAGCACCAGCGUGCGGAGCUGGAGGGAGGCGACCAUCUACCUGGGACGUAUCCCCACUGCCUUCCAGAUCCGCCUUCACUCCAGACGCGCAGAGGGGCGGAGUGGAGACGUGGCCAUCGAUCAGCUGCAGUUCCUGGACUGCGCCCUGCCGUUGCCGGUGGAGUCAUGUGCUGCUGGGUUACACAAGUGUAACAGCAGCGGCUGUGUGGAACAGAGUCAGGUCUGUGACCGCACGGAUGACUGUGGAGACAAAACUGACGAGAUGAACUGCGGAGAGUACUGGGGUUGUGACUUUGAGGAUGGAGUGUGCAACUGGGACCUGAGAACUCUCUCUGAUCUGAAGUGGACUCGGACCAGUCAGACCGACAUCUCCACGACGGACCCUAACAAAGGGCCUGGUAGAGACCACUCCAGCAACGCCGCAUCAGGUCACUUCCUGUAUGUCACUGUACCUAAAGAGGGGUUAAAAUCUGAUUGGACAUCCUUUCAAAGCCCACUUCUAGAACCCACCAAUAUGACACAUCCUUGUAAGAUGGUGAUGUACACCCAUCAGUUUGGGCCCAGGUCUGGAGGUCUGUCUGUGCUGGUGGCAGGCACUGAGAUCUACCCGGUUUGGCAGAGGGGGGGUGCCCUAGGGGACCUCUGGGUCAAGGCUGAGGUUGAGAUUGUCAGCAACACCAGCUUCCAGCUCGUGUUUGUGGCAGCAAUCCGAGACAAAGAGUAUGGAGGGGUUGCCAUAGACAGCAUUAUGAUGUCACCUAACUGCCGUAUCUCUGAAGGAAAUGGCACAUUAGCCAAUUUCCCCGAUCCUCCUGGGCAUCCUUGUACCAGUGAUACCAGUAAGAUCUGUGACUUUCAUGAAGACUGUGUGGAUAAAGAUGAUGAGGCCCGGUGUGGGGACUUCUCCUAUGAGAAAGGUAGCUCUGGAUGGACAGACAGCAGUGUGGGGAGACAACAGUGGAUGCUGAAUGACACCACCCAAGAAAAGUACCUGUAUGUAGCUAAAGCCCCAGGGCAGCAGUUCACUGAGGCCCAGACACGCACACCUCUACUGGGGCCCUCUGGUCCAGCCUGCACCCUCCAAUUCUCCUACUCCCUGACCAGCAUGAACAACCACACCGGUGAGCUGUCCAUCCGAGUGAUUGACAGUCUUUUGGGCAGUCAGCCCAGACUGUGGGAGGUCAGUGGGAACACAGGAUCAGUAGAGGGGGUCUACCAGCAGGCCCAAGUGAUCAUCGGAGCCAGGGAACACCGCUUUCAGUUGGAGUUUCUGGCUCGUGCCAGGAUGUUGUGUCCAUGUGCCAGAUUAACAGUGAAGGAUGUUCGUUUCAUCAACUGUCACGCUCAGUAUUUUCCGUCCUCCCCUACAGAUCUGUCAUGUAACUUUGAAGAGGGACUGUGUGGCUGGUACCAGGAUCAAACAGACAACUUUGACUGGAGAUUGCUCACAGGGAUGGACCAUUCCAUUGGUGUUGGUAACAGCUUUGCUGUAGACGUGUGGAGCCCCUCGUUAAGGGGUCUGUCUGGCCGGCUGUUAUCAUACCGUCUACAGCAGACCUCUGGCGAACACUGUCUGUCCUUCUAUUAUAAACUCUAUGGACCAGACACCGGUGCACUGAGCGUUAAGACGCGUGUUCCUCAUGGUGGUGAGAGUCUGUUGUGGACUCGUAGUGGCGCCCACGGCAACGUCUGGCACGAGGGACUCUGUCCAGUACCUGAGCAGCUAACUAGCUUCCAAUUGGUUUUCGAAGCAGCGCGCUCUGGCUUCGAUGGCCGGGUGGCACUAGACGAUGUGGCGUUUGUGAAGCGCCCGUGCACCGCGCCUAGGAUGUGCUCCUUCGAGGGUCAGCGCUGUGGCUACACCACCACCAGCAGUGCCCGCUGGCUCCACACGAACUGGAAGUCGUCCAAAACCGGGCCAAAAACAGACCACACGCUGGAGACAGAGACCGGAUACUACAUGAUGGUGGACAGUGAUGUGGAGAUCCUCCCAGAGGGCAGUGUGGCUGCCCUCACAUCCCCUGUGCACAUUGGUGUGGCGCGAACAGAGUGUGUCUACUUCUGGUACCACAUGGGGGGAGAGAAUCCAGGUUCACUGACUGUGUACAUGAAGCCUGUGAAAGGAGAACGGGUGAAGAUCUUCUCCAACAGUCUGGAACAGGGUGACACCUGGCGCCAUGGCAACGGCAACAUCAGCAGCACCACCACAGACUGGCAGUUGGAGUUUGAGGUGCAAGGAGCAGGUGGCAAAGGCACUCACGUAUCAGUUGAUGACAUCACCUUGUCCAACCACCCUUGUCCAUCGCCAGGUACCAAGUGUGACCUGGAGAGUGGCCUGUGUGGAUGGACUAACACUCAGAACCCUGAGCUUGACCAGUUGGACUGGGAGCUGAGCAGUGCUGAAGCAGAGACCCACUACACCACCCCGAACCAUGACCAUACCCUAGGGAACAACAGAGGUCAUUUCCUGUUCCUCCCCAGCAGCACCAGGGACACAGCCAAUUACAAAGCCUGGUUGCUGAGUCCUCAUCUUCCCUCCACUAAAGGCACCUGCCUUCGAUUCUGGGCGUACAAACCAGUAACUUAUGGUAGUCAUCUGAAAGUGUUCAGGUGGUCUAAAGGCAUACUAGAACAGCUGCUGACUGUGAAGGAGGUGGGAGCCGUUUGGAAACGCUUCGAUGUUGACAUUACCUCUAUUGACGAGUAUCAGAUUGUAUUUGAGGGUUUCAAAGGAGAAACAGGAGUCUUGGCUCUCGAUGACGUCGACUAUGACAUUGGAUUCAACUGUGCCGGCGAAGCAAGAGACCCACUGACAACCACAGCAAAGCCAGACAACAGUGGGGGUAUUGCUGCUUCCGUCAUCGUGUUACUGCUUCUACUGGCCUCUCUGGGUGCCUUGCUCUACUUCUACCUGCGCCUCCAGGAAGAAAAAAAAGCAAUGCCUAAGUCUGUGGACCAUCCAGCAUCAGCUCAAGCAGGGUUCAUUAACGAUGUAUAUGACUCAAGCGUCCCACAGAACCGAGUGACUGUGCCUCCAGUUCAGACACAAACAGCAGUGGAGGUUUUCAAUAAUGACAGUUUCGUCCCUGACUCCACGGACUCAGUCAGGGAGAGGCAGGUCGUUUAGGUAGGGAGGUGGAACUCUACGGCCUAGUGGUGGCUUUGUGAACUUAAGGCAAUAUCACAGUAGAACUAUACUUGUCAUCUUGCAACUGACGCAGAAAUGCGCACACACACAUACACACACCUCCAUAGCGAUUGUAGAUUCGACUGACUGGGUCCUGCAGUCAGUUUUUUCUCUUGGUGGACAGUCAUAUAGUUUAAGGUCAAGGGAUAAUGUUAUGUGAUGGCUUACUGCAUGAAGAUCUAAUGGCCCUUCUUCAGAAACAAAGACACAUUACUAUGGUUAAUCCACAACUUAGAAUUGUAAUUCCACUACUUACUUAGAUGUAGUAGAAAAUUGUUAACACAGUGGCAAUUUAACUUGAAAUCCUAUCGACUACAGAGCUGGUUUUGAUGGCAUUGGGCACAUAUUGACACAUACAUGGUCUUGGUGAUUUGGAUACUUACACAGUUUUGGGGGAUUUGUUUAGGUUGACAGCACCACUUGGAUAACCAGUUGCUAAACAAUCCGGAAUGUAUCUUUAAGAUAAUGUUUUGAGAUUAUUAAUAUUGUAUUAAAAAAGAAAAUCCCAUGUACCACAUUGUUAAACAUUUUUUAUAAAUACUUAUGUAUGUUU